AUGGACGAUUUCGAAACGCCAGCUAAUGACAGUGCAGUCAUUUCUGACACUGUUGCUGUUCACGUAGCUUCUGAUGAUGUUGGAGGUGUUCAGUUAUGUCCAGCUUUACUUCUUGGAAGUCCCCAGGCUCUGCCCAGCGCAUCCAAGCACAUCUACAGCUCACUGGCGGCAAAUGCCAGUGAAGUGGACGAAGGAAUGCCUCAUCUGAUUGUUGCCAUGAUUUCCGAUGGUAACGAAAUGUCUUCUAAGUAUACAAGCCGUUUACAAAGUGCCUUGACUCCUUUUGUGUCUUCUUGUUCGUUAUGGUUUGUUUCCUCUGGAAUGCACUAUGAUCCUUUGGCUCGAGCAGUAACGAGUACUAUCAAAACUGUUCUGCCUCAGACUGAUAAUCAGGUGGAAGUCUUACAUUUGGUUGUUAACUCGGAUGAAGUUAUUGGUGUAUCCUCGGAGUAUAAGCUGGUUGACACCACCUUAAACACCCUCCUCAUCAUAUCUCGUAAGGAGAUCAACUCGGCCAGUGAAAAAGCAAAGUUCAGGGCUCAAGCUACCGUUAGACUUUCUCACCCACCUCCAGCCUUACUGAUCGGUGUCCCAUCCGAGCAUUUGUCACAGUCAACAUCGUGUCAUUCACCUCCUAUACUUCUCUCUCCAUCUAAUGACAAAAGACCUUUGCCAAUAUCAAUCUUUGCCGGAGAAUCUUCUGCUGCUCUGGAAGAGCUUCUGGUUUACAUUGAAAAUGGAAUCCCUGCGGUCAUUCUCCAGGACAGCUGUGAACUGUGCGCAGUUUUGUGGAAUGCCAGUCUUCUAUACAGAACACCUGAGUUUGAACAUGAUCGCUUCGUAUCAUGGCUACGAGAACAACUCAUAUCUAUCUCCAUGGAUGAUGUUGAAGUGGCUACCAGUGUAAUUGUUAAAAUUUUCGCUAUCGGAAUGACUGAUCCGCAGCUUUUAGAUUUCCUAGAAUCAGGAGAAUUAGAUAGAUUGAGAAGCUGUGUUGUUGAUUUGUGUGUUCAAUCGUAUGCUGGAAAUACAGACAUGAAACAGAUGCUUCUACUGGCCAGUAGAUUGAACCAAUCAUCGGCUUUGACGGCGAUGAAUUUGAGUGAAGUUUUAGAUGAUGAGGCAUUGACACUGUUACUCUGUGAUUGUGUAGUGCAUGAUGAGCGAGUUGGAUUCCUGGCUGCUUUGCUUGAACUCAAGUCACCAAUUAACGUGAACUCGCAAAUGCUCAUUAAAAUGGCCAGAGCUACAGAUCAGCAUUUUUUCCAUACUAUUGUGUUAUGUAGAUGUAUGGGGUACUCUUCAGUACCAGAUGAUAUUGAUGAUAUUUUCGCUCAUGAUCUCAACAUUCUUUUGAGACGACUUGCAUUUGGCGUUAAAGAUUUGUUCUCACCUCAUGCUGUCAAUGGGGACUCCAUCGGCAAGGAUAGAGAGACUUCAGUUAAAAUCCUGGCGGUUUGGAGUUUACUGUUGCAUAGACCCGCCAUGGUUCGAUGUCUUUGCUCCUUCUCUGAACAGCCACUUCCUUUUGCCAUUGUUCUUUCUCGUAUAGCCAGAUCUCUUAGUCAUGAGGUGUGUUUUCUUCUCUUAGAGAAAGUAAAACAAUAUUUUUUUGGGCUCAUGAUUGCUGAAGUGAUACUAUCGAAAGUGCAUGAGAAGACUCCUCAAAAAGCUUAUCAGAUGUUGUGCCAACCUCUGGAAUCCUUCAACAGCCAAACCAUAACACAGCUUGCGUUCCAGUCAAACAAUAGAGUAUUGGUUGCUCACGAAGCAUGUCAAAGAUGGGUACAUCGUUUACUGUAUGGACAUUUGCAAGCUCGAACAAAUCCUCUCAUGCUACCUCGUUGGGCUAAAAUACUGUUUGCUGCUUUUUUCAUCGUUCCCAUUCGAUGGUGGAUCUCAACAAGACCUUCUUAUAAUGGAGGGAAUAAAGAGGAUAAGCCAAGUCCUACGGUUGCCCUUUUGAAUAGUAGUCGACAACCCAAGCGCACUAGAGCAGUGUCUACCUACAGCAUAAUUUCUACACGGAGCGAGGCUCUAACUCAAAUAACAGCUCCAAUGUCCGUCAAUUUUCCCUUACAACAUAUGACAACUGGAACAACGAAUGGAGCUGAAUCGGCUACACCACAGUCUAUGAUAUUCCCGUUGAAUGUCGAAGAACCAGAAGCUGAUAUUAAUAUGAAGUAUUUCUCUAAGAAGACUCGUAUAAGAAAAUGGACAGCUCCUUCCAUGGGAUUAUUUUACUCGACACCUAUUGUUAAAUAUUGGUUAUCUCUCUUGUUUCGUUUAGUUCAUAUUUGUGCCUUGGCUUACUCCGUUCUUCUGCCAGGAUGUGGUUCUACCACGUUGGACACGGCCGUAUGGGUAUGGUCAUUUAUGUGGUGGGUGGAAUCGUUAUGGGUUUUAAAUGUUCGCUUACAAAGCAUAGAUUUGAGUUUAAUGCCUUGGAGGGUUUUCGAUAUUUUAACAACUUUCGUGUUCCUAGCUUUAAUACUCAUGUUGAAGAUAUUAGGAGAUGGGGUUGUGUCUUGGGCACUGAGAAUUGAUUCUGUCUAUCCAGCGCGAGUAGUCUCAGCUGUUUUUCUCUUGUACUGGUGUUACUCUACUUUAUUCUUCUAUAUUCCCCUGUCUGAUAUAUAUGGUCCACUCAUGGUUAGAGUUAAAAUCAUGAUAUUGAGAGAUUUCACCAACUUCUUGAUCAUGAUAGCUCUGAUUAUGCUCACUAGCGCUGCUUCCAUCCAAGCGAUUCUUUAUCCUGAUCAACAGUUAUCGCUUUCGGUUAUUCGAUCAUCCUUGUCAUGGGUUUGGUUAAGCUUGUUCACCACGGAUCUUUCAAGUCUUCGAGAAUCAGAAACUUGUCGGAAAACUUUUCUCGGUGCUCCCAAAGAGUAUUGUACAUCCAUAGGGCAAUAUGGAAACCCCACCUGUCCUAGUCAAUCGUGGCCUGCAUAUCUAGUAAUAAUAGAAUACUUUGUGAUACUGAAACUAAUUCUCUGGCCGAUUCUCUUUGCAUUCUUUGCUCGCACUGCUAAGGCUGUUGACGAAGAAGCAGAUAAAAUAUGGAAGUACCAAAUGUACUCUUUAGUUUCUGAUUUUAGUGUCCGUCCUCCUGUACCACCACCGUUGACACCUUUCUUUUUCCUCUUCUUAGCUUGUUGCCGUGUACGUGGGCGUCUUUUCGGAUUUUCACUUUCUUCUUCAGACCAUCCUGAUGUUAACUAUAAAGAGAGAUCCAAAUCAACACAUCGCUUCGGUGUUGUUUAUAGAAACCCAUCUGUUCCUCAUAAACGUCAUGAGUACGCUAAUAGUUUUUGGCGACAAAUGGCAAUAGAUGAAUGGAGAGAAAAAAACAAAAAGCAUGGAUCAUCAAACGAUGAAUCGAAAACAUUAUUAAAAACGUUACAACAGCAGAUGAAGAUGAUCUCACUGACUAAUGCGUACAACAAAAAGACCAGGAUAUCAAAAAUAGAAGUAGAGAAAGUUAAAUAUGCGGAUGGAGAUAUCCGAAAAAUAAAUGUCUCGUAUGAUCAGCGGGAUUGGACUGUACUUCUACCGAACUACUUCCCUCCUUUCUUUUGCCGAGCAGUUGAAGACUUCCCUGCUGAGUUAGCCCGAUAUGUGGAAAAUGCCACAGAGCAGAAUGUUUGUGAUCUUCGUCGUUCAUGGAGAACAAGACAAGUGCAAGAUCAAUCAAGGGCUUGGCUUUUUAGUUCAGCAGGUUUUCCUCUCAACCCAAAUGGUCGCAGAGGUAUUGCUGGAAGAGGAAACCAUAUGAAGUUUGGUUGUAACCGUCAUUCUUUCUAUAUCAUCAUAGUGGGACUUAAUAGAAAAGAGGCCAAGAUUUUGCUUGAUGGACAAGGCAAAUUACCGAAUGAACCUCAUCCAGAUGUGAAUCUGCGAGAUGAAAACUUGGCUGGCUUAUUGAGACUGAUAGGUGUAAGCGAGCACGAUGUACAAACAAUGUCUGUUUGUCGGCAGGAGACUCCGCAUUUGAACGAAACAGCGUCCUUAACAACUUCAGACAACGGUCCGGUUCGCAUAAGUUCUCAAGUAGUAGAAAAAGAAAAUGAUACUGACAAUGCUUGGACGGAGUAUGAAACAUGGGCUGUUAUUCUUAGGAACAAGAAAGUUGUGAAUUCGCUGAUCGGAUACAAGUGGGAAUCGAUAUCCAAUAGUUAUCUUCCCAAUAUGGAUAUGAUCAACCGAGCGCUAGAAAUAUUCAAAAUGCCAUAG